AUGGAAGAAAAAGCACCAGAUAUGAUAUCAACUUCUGAUCCCAUUGAGUAUAAACUAACAAUCACAGCUGUUACUGGCGCCGACCUGGCCCGGCUGCGGCGGCACUGGUGGCUGAACAAGCUCCGCAUCAAUGGCUACAACAAGGACAAGCAGACUCCUCUGCAUCUUGCUUGCAUAAAUGGCCAUGCAGAUGUUGUUCAGUUUCUGGUAGAAAAUAAGUGCAAGCUAAACCCUUGUGACAAAUUGAAUAAAUCACCACUAAUGAAGGCAGUAGAGCAUCAGCACAGGGACUGUGCAGCUAUUCUGCUGGAACAUGGUGCCAACCACGACCACAGAGGUGUAAAUGGUAACACCGCCCUUCACUUUGCUGUCAGGGUUUCUAGCAAACCUCUAGUGGAGCUGUUACUGGAGUAUGGUGCAGAUAUUGAUGCUAAGAAUAAAUGGGGAUACACUCCGCUUACUCUUGCAAUCACUGAAAACCGCGAAGAAAUGGUCAAGUUCCUUCUUCAAAAAGGAGCUGACGUGAAUGCUCAGGAUGAAGUUUUUAGGACCCCUCUUACAGUUGCUACUUUUUCUGGAAAUGAGAAAAUAAUACAACUACUUCUUCAACAUGGUGCUGUUCUUCCUGAGUCAGACAAGGAACUCAACCUAUGCCAACCUUUCACCAAAAUGGUUCAAGAUAAUGUUAUUGCUGAUGAAAAAAUUGGGAGCUCCUGCUAUGAGACAACUCCUGUCAUUCCCUUGGAAACAGCUGCAUCGGCAGAAUCAUGUGCAGAAUCAGUAGAAGGUGAAAAGGAAGACAGUGAUUCCUCCUGGGGUUCAAAGGUACUUUCUCUGAGGGAGGCAGUGGGGUCCCUCUGGCUCACCUGCAUCUGAACUCAUUUUGCUUUGAUGCUGCUUCUGCCACAGCCUCCUUACUUGGACCUUAACCAGUUGCUGCUUCAGAGAAUCUUUUCAGUUAGGACUGGGACAAGGUGAGGUCCAGCUAAAGUCUGGGCCCUCUUUGUGGCUGAUUGCCAAGCUGGAUUUCUAGGACAAAGAAGUAACUCCUCCUUCUGCUUA